AUGCUGGCCACUGGAACCGUCUCGGCUGUGGCAUCCCCUAGUGAACUACGCCGUCUAGUGACUCUUUCUCGCCACGGCAGUCGAGCACCGAACGAUGUCGUCAAGAUCAUGUGCCCUCAUAACAAGGCCAACUUGGACGCGUACAAGGUGCCAUUUAAGCAGCUUACGGAAAACGGCAUGAAGCAGAUGCAGGCUGUAGGUGAGCAUAUUCGCCUCACGUACAUGGUUGACGAGCCGCUCCAUGAGGACGCCUUCCUGUCGCGCUCAUUCAAUGGUGUGAACCACUCGCACUUCGAGACCUACUUCCGGUCCGACGCUGCAACGCGCUGCUCACAGAGUGCAGCAGCAGUAGCGUACGGCCUCUACCCGGACGGAACCGGUCCGCAAGGCUACCCUCACCAGCUUGUACCAAUCACUAUGCAGUUAGUGGAAAAUGAGCAUGCAUUUGCAGCUACAAAGGGACCCUGCAAGAAUACAUUGGACGCCGAUCUCGCUGUAUACGCUAACACCCGAGCGCCUGAGCUUUUUGAUCAGUAUCGCGACGUUCUCGACCAAUUGGGCGCAGUCUGCGGUGUCGCCGUUGAAGAUAUCCCAAACUUGCCGGGUGGCGAAGACAUCGUACUGGGCGUCAAAGACUUAGCGGAUAUGUUUGGCUUCGAUCGGGACGAGGGUCUUCCACUUACCGAAGGAAUGACUGUCGUGGCGCGCGAGAAGCUAGAGCAGUUGGCAUUCACGAACCUCAUGGAGAGAUACUACUCGACGGAUCGCGAGAUUACGUACUGGGUCGGUGGUUUUGGCGAUCUGCUUAUCAACACGCUUCAGGGUGGAGCUGUACCGACGGCACCAGCUUACACAGAGUAUCGCUACUUUUCCUUCCAUGGCCACCGAGAGUUGCUGCACGGUCUGGGUAUGAUGCUGGGCUGGGAGUUCCACUUUGACGGACUCCCCCAAGCUCUUAAUGUGACGGCUUUGCACCCGGGAACCUCCAUGUUCUUUGAGCUGCGCGCGCGUCAACUCACUGCUGAAGAGGCCCAUAAGCAACCGGAAGUGAAGGAGGCUUACUUUGUGCGAACAUACAUAUGGUCGCCGUUCACUGAGCGCGAGCACAUUAAGCUAACGAAGUGCUCGGUUGCAGAUUGUCCGUUUGAAGAGUUCAAACAGAUCAUUACCAGCCAUAUUGCCAGGACUGGAACCUGGGAUGCUAUCUGCAAUUAUCAUAAACCAGUUUGGGACGAAGACCAUGCUCAGGGCCGCGCUGUGGAGAGCAGCUAUGGGUUCGCAGGUUCCUCCUUCUUCGUCGUAAUUAGUAUUGCCAUAGUGGCAAGCCUGGCGUUUACGGCGUUUAAGGUCUACAAGCGCCGCCGCGGAUACACCAUGGUGUAA